CAAUCAUAUGUAACCUGCCUAUCUUUUCUUUCUCACCUAAAUCAAAGAUUGAUUUUAAUGGAUCUUUAGUCGUCCGUCCGCGAAGUAACUCAAACCAGCAGCUUUGCUUCAUCCAACAACUCUCUGCCAUUUUAUCUUUUCCCCCUUCUCUCUCUCUACAAUGCUAGAAUGCCUCAAUACAGACAAUCCGGAAACGAUAGAUUCAGCGUUCGCGGAGGAGGAGGAGGCUCAGCGUCUGAUCACGUAGCGAUCGGGAUCCGAAACGGCGCCGGAGGACAGGGGAAGGCUAACCGUUGGAAGCGAUCCGUUGUUCGACCUGAGAGGAUUCGUCGCGGUGGAGUCGGCUCUGUUGUCUUCGUUCUCUGCCUUGUGCUCGUUGUCACUGUUCUAGCCUACUACUAUCUCUCUGGUUUUGCUACUAAUGGCUACGAUGAUAAAGGAUUGGAUUCUUUCGACGGUGAUUUUCUGACGAAUGUGACGAGAAUUGACCCUGGGAAGGUGCUUGAGUUUGGUCACGGCUCAGUGGUUCACGGACGAGACUCCAGGUAUUGGGAUAAGGAUGAUAGACGACGGGAUGAUGAUUAUAAUGAGGAUGAAGUUGAGCAUAAACCUAUUCAAGUGAAGGGGGUUGGUUUGUACAAUGAAGCUGGACGGAACGAGUUAAACAAGUAUGAAGCAGAGUAUCAAGCUUCCCUUGAUAUGGACCCUGAUGAUGCUAUUGAUUCUCAUGAUAGUCAAGGGGAUGAUGAAUACGUUGGCCAUGAUGACGAUGACAAUGAAGAGCCGCGCAAGGAGAAGCCUACAGAGGCUCUUCAUUCCAUGAGUAAGGAACAUGAUGAUGGAGAUACUUCUAAGAGGUCUUCUCUUGUUAGGAAGGUUGGUAAGUCCGGCAAAACAUCACGAUCUGAUACUAAACGAAGAGGUCGUGGUCGCAGAUCUUCAGGUGGAGCUUGUGAGAUGAAGCUAUUGAAUUCUAGUCAACCAAUAGUGGAGCCCUUGAAUACUCGAAAAUCUGCUAGAUUCUCCUUACAGUACGUAGAGAAUGAGGAAAAACCUGAUGGAGAAGAACAGUGGGAUCCCAGGUUUGCAGGUCAUCAGAGUUUACAAGAGCGACAAGAUUCCUUCUUGGCUGAAGACAAGAAAAUUCAUUGUGGUUUUGUCAAAGCUCCCAAAGGAUCUCCAACCACUGGGUUUGAUCUCACAGAAGAUGAUACUAAUUAUAUCAGUAGAUGCCACAUCGCUGUGAUCUCAUGCAUAUUUGGCAAUUCUGAUCGCUUGAGGCCUCCUGCCAAUAAAAUGAUAAGUCGGUUGUCAAGAAAAAAUGUUUGCUUCAUUGUGUUCGUGGACGAGAUUACCAUGCAAACACUUUCUGCGGAAGGAAAUGCCCCAGACAGAGCAGGAUUCAUUGGUUUGUGGAAGUUGGUUGUGGUAAAGAAUCUGCCUUACGCAGAUAUGAGGAGGGUAGGCAAAAUACCAAAACUGUUGCCACACCGACUUUUCCCAUCAGCAAGGUACUCAAUCUGGUUGGACAGCAAGUUACGACUUCAGUUGGAUCCCUUACUCAUUCUGGAGUACUUCCUAUGGCGUAAAGGUCACGAGUAUGCUAUAUCCAAUCACUACGACCGCCAUUGCUUAUGGGAAGAGGUUGCACAAAACAAGAAGCUGAACAAGUACAACCAUACUGUUAUUGAUCAACAGUUUGAGUUUUACAAGGCUGACGGGCUGACCAGAUUCAACGCUUCAGAUCCGUUCAAGCUUCUUCCUAGCAAUGUUCCAGAGGGGUCUUUCAUAGUACGGGCACAUACUCCGAUGUCGAACCUAUUCUCAUGUCUUUGGUUCAACGAAGUGGAACGCUUUACUCCCCGUGACCAGCUGAGCUUUGCUUAUACUUAUCAAAAACUAAGAAGGAUGAAUCCUGACAAACCAUUUAAUCUUCACAUGUUCAAGGACUGCGAGAGAAGAAAGAUUGCAAAAUUGUUCCGUCACAGAUCAGAGGAGAAGCGAAACCUUAUUCAAGCAGCACUACAACAAUAGAUGACCGGAGCUUCUUUUUUUUUUUAUCGUUUUAAUAUAUUACUUGUUGGGGUUUGUCUCUACUGCUGUAUUCACAGUGUCACUUGGAGAAAUGCUCUUUCACAGUUUCGUUUUGAAAAGCUCCUUGCUCCGAUGACUCUAAAACUGGUUAAGUUGGAUCGAGUCUGUUGCUUGUGGCAAGAACCAGAGGAGGUAUACCAAAACAGUGUGAUGUGAUCUGUAGAGAUGUAGAAGAGUACUUGGAAAGAAGAAGAGGCUUUGAUUAAGAUUCUCGAGGGUCCUCGAUUUUAAUUCAAUUCAUUGCUUUGUUUUUGUCUGUGUCACUAUCAUCAUUCUGGAGGAGGGUCCCUUUACAAAAAUACAUUGAUUAGAUUUUACCUUUUUUGAGCCAAAGCAUAAACAAGAUAUGCUGAUAUUUCUUUAUUUUUUGCCAACUA